AUAUUAUUUGUUAAUCUUUAUAUAUACAUAAGAUCUGGAUAUGUAUGGAUGUUAUAUUAAUUGUUGAAAGUAGUAGCCUAGCUAGCCAUGUCUGAGAUAGUGAAUGAAUUUUGGGAAAAGUAUCUUAAUCAACUUCAUCUUCAUCCUCUCAGGACCAAGGCCAUCACAGCAGGGGUUUUAGUUGGAUGCAGUGAUGUAAUAGCUCAGAAGAUCUCUGGGAUCAAAAAGCUUCAACUAAGAAGAUUAUUUCUUAUGAUGUUGUAUGGUUUUGCAUACUCAGGACCAUUUGGGCAUUUUCUGCACAAAUUAAUGGACAAAAUAUUCAAGGGAAAGAAGGGAAAUGAUACUGUUCUGAAGAAGGUGUUGUUGGAACAAUGCACAUCAUCUCCCUGGAACAACUUAUUUUUCAUGAUCUAUUAUGGCUUCCUCGUUGAAGGAAGAGCAUGGGGUUUAGUGAGAAGUAAGGUUAGAAAGGAUUAUCCUUCUGUUCAGUUGACUGCCUGGAAGUUUUGGCCAAUAGUUGGGUGGGUGAAUUAUCAGUACAUGCCUUUGCAACUUCGUGUUCUCUUUCACAGCUUCGUUGCCUCCUGCUGGGCCAUCUUUCUAAAUCUCAAGGCAAGAUCGGUAGUUGCAGCAGUGAAGAAGGCCUAGCUUGCUACGUACUACUAAUAAUAAUAAUAAGUAUAUAUAUAUACGAUGAUUAAUAAGCUACCUAGGGGUAAUUCAUUAUAUAUGUUUAUUAUUAUUGUAGUAAUGUAUACUUACAACUUUCCUUUUUCUUCUCUUUUAUCUCCAUCUAUCUAGAUCUCUACCUAUACUAAUUAAGUACUUAA